AACUUCGAUAACAAAUUAGCCAUGGCAAUAACCAACAUCUUCCUCUUUUCUGCCCUUUUUCUAACUUCUAAAUUUUCCCAAUCUAUUGCAAAUGUCAGUUCUUUGGCAUCUCAGCUAUUCUGCUUCGGGUCUCUUCUUUUCAUCUUCUGGUUCAUGCCAUCUAAAAGAGUGACCCUACAUACAUGCACAGCACUUGGAAAGAAAAUGCUGUGCUGCUUAAGGUCUCCUCUUUUCAUGAUGUUUAGGUUCAGGACCACUCCUCUUCCACCUGGUCCUAAACCUUGGCCCCUCGUUGGGAACCUCCCUGAAAUGCUCAUAAACAAGCCAACACAUCUCUGGAUACACAAUCUCAUGAGCCAAAUGGGCACUGAUAUUGCACACAUCCGUCUAGGAAACGUUCAUGUCAUCCCCGUUACUUGUCCUGAGAUCAGCCGCAAGUUCUUACGAGAACACGACGCGGUUUUUGCAUCCAGACCCUAUUGCAUGUCCGCCGAGGUGGUCACAAAAGGGUACCAUACAAUCUUCUCUAUGCCCGUAGGAAGUCGUUGGGAGAACACGAAAAAAAUCAUUGCUAGCCACGUACUUUCUCCGGUGAAACAUCAUUGGCUUGCCGGAAAAAGGCUGGAAGAAGCUGAUAACCUUGUGCGUUUCGUGUAUAACCAAUGCGUGAGUUAUGAUAAAACCGGAAUGGUGAACGUCAGAACUGUUGCCCAGCACUACUGCGGGAACGUAAUAAGGAAGAUGUUAUUUGGCCGGAGGUACUUCGGGACGGGGAAGGAGGACGGUGGACCUGGGGUGGAGGAGGAAGAGCACCUGGAGGCGAUUUUCACGAUGCUGAAAUGCCUCUAUUCCUUCUGUAUUUCUGAUUAUCUUCCAUGGUUGAGAAGAUUCGACUUAGAUGGUCAUGAAAAGGUUACGAGGGAGGCUACCAUGAUUGCAGGAAAAUAUCAUGAUCCCAUUAUAGAAGAAAGGAUUAAUCAGUGGGAAAAAGGGACAAAGACGGCAGAAGAAGAUUUGCUUGAUGUCUUGAUUAAUCUGAGAGAUGCCGAUGGAAAUCAAUUGCUCUCAAAGGAUGAAAUUAAGGGAGAAGUUACAGAAUUGAUGGUUGCAACAGUGGACAACCCAUCAAAUGCUCUAGAAUGGGCACUAGCGGAGAUGUUGAACCAACCUGAGAUUCUGGAGAAAGCUGUGGAAGAACUGGACAGGGUGGUCGGAAAAGACAGAUUGGUUCUAGAAUCUGAUAUUCCAAACCUUAACUACAUCAAGGCAUGCAUACGAGAAGCCUUCCGGCUCCACCCUUUCGCACCCUUCAAUGUUCCACAUGUCUCUAUUUCCGACCAGAUAGUAUCCGGUUACUUUAUUCCGAAGGAUAGUCGCGUGCUACUCAGCCGCAAAGCGCUUGGUCGAAACUCUAAUGUUUGGGAGGAGCCACUCGAGUUCAAGCCGGAGCGACACCUCAACAAUAACGGGGCUAAGGUGGAGCUGAAGGAGAGUGAGUUGCGGUUCAUAUCGUUCAGCACUGGGAGGCGAGGGUGUCCGGGUGUCACGCUUGGAACUUCCAUAACCGUGAUGCUCUUUGCUAGGCUUCUUCAAGGGUUCAGUUGGGAGCUGCCACCAAAUCAAUCCAAAAUCGAUCUCAGUGAAGCCGGCGACAGCCUCUUCCUAGCAAAACCGCUGGUUGCUCUUGCGAAGCCGCGUCUACCGAAAAAUUUAUAUCCGGUUAAUUAAGUGAAAUGAUUUGUUAGGGUUUGGUGCGGAAUUGCAAUUGUGCUCGUUGUUGUUGUUAUUGUUUUUUUUUUCUUCUGUGCUCCUUUUGUGUUGUGUCCUGUUGUGUUGUGUCCUGUCGUGUUGUUGUCGUUGUUUUUUCUUUUUUCAGUGGUUUUGAUCUUUCGUGUUGUGUUGUCAGUUUUUUAUAAUAUUUGGCAGCCUAUUUGUUAAAAGAAUUGUGGAUGUACGGCGCUUCUGCAAUUUAUU